AUGUUAACUCUGCUUCUGCUGGCAACUUGCUCGUUUAUAUUUCUAUAUGAAUUAUAUAAAUAUGCGAUCAGUCGUCCUGUCGGUUUUCCGCCGGGUCCUCCGCGUAUCCCCAUAUUUGGAAGUUAUCUUUUUAUGCUGUUGAUAAAUUACAAAUAUCUACACAAGGCAGCAAUAACAUUGAGCAAGUGGUAUAAAUCCGACAUUAUUGGCCUAUAUGUGGGAAAUUUUGCAGUUGCCGUCGUCAACAGUGGAGAAGCUGUGCGACAGAUCUUAAAUAACCAGGUCUACGAUGGCAGACCUUCGAUAUAUUUGGCCGAAAUGCGUGAUCCAGGCAAAUGUGUACGAGGUAUAUUCUUUCAAGAGGGAGUACUGUGGAAGGAACAACGGCGCUUUAUCCUUCGCUACCUGCGAGAUUUUGGAUUCGGUCGUCGAUUCGAACAGCUAGAACUGAUCAUUCAGGAAGAGAUAACCGAUAUGCUCGAUCUAAUCCGCAAUGGUCCGCGAUAUGAACACGAGCAUCUCUUAGUCAAGCCUGGCGGUUAUCGGGUGCAGCUACCCUUAUUCUUCAAUCCCUUCUCGGCAAACAGUCACUUUCACAUUGUGUACAACGAGCGACUCCCACGUCACGAAAUGGCCAAGUUAGUGAAGCUUGUUCAGUUUGGCUUACAGUUCCAGCGCAAUGCCGAUGACUACGGCCGUAUGCUGAGCAUAAUUCCGUGGAUACGUUUUAUUUGGCCCGAGACAAGCGGAUAUAAUAAAUUAAAAGAGGCAAGCUUGUUUAUUCACAAAUACUUUGCAGAGUUCAUCGACCGUUAUAUUAAUACCUACGAAGAUGGCUGUGAGCGUAACUUUUUGGAUCUGUAUAUAGCUGAGAUGAGAAAGGGUCUCCCCGAACAGUACGGAUUCAACCGGGAGCAGUUCAUUAUGGGCUUGGUGGAUUUUUCAUUUCCUGCCUUUACGGCCGUUGGUGUCCAGAUAUCGCUACUCGUGCAGUAUUUGAUGCUCUAUCCCGAUGUCGCCAAGCGGAUACAGUCAGAGAUAGAUGAGGUUGUGGGUGGUGGUCGGCUACCCACGUUAGAGGAUCGAAAGAAUAUGCCCUUUACGGAAGCCACUAUCCGUGAAAAUCUGCGCAUCGAGACUCUGGUACCAUCGGAUGUACCACACAAGUCCCUCGUCGACACAGAACUAAUGGGCUAUCACAUACCCAAGGACACCAUAAUCAUACCUAGUCUAUAUGCCCUACACACGGACAAACGCAUCUGGUCGGAUCCUGAAAAUUUCCGGCCCGAACGCUUCCUGGACGCCGAUGGCAAAUUGAGCCUCAAGCUGGACGUCUCAUUGCCAUUCGGAGCCGGCAAACGUCUAUGCGCCGGCGAGACUUUCGCACGGAAUAUGAUCUUCCUGAUUACCACGGCCAUGUUACAGAAUUUUGACUACACUUUGGCGCCGGGUGACUCACUGCCUGAUCUAACGAAAAAUAACAAUGGAUUAAUUAUAACACCAGCGGACUUUUGGGUACAAUUAAAAGAGCGACAGCAUUACGCCGACAGAAAAAAAAUUUGCAGUUUUGCUACGAACAUAAACCGGAACGCGUGCAAAAUGUUGACUCUGCUUCUGCUGGCAGCUUGCUCGUUUAUAUUUAUAUAUCAAUUGUAUAAAUAUGCCAACAGUCGUCCUGUCGGUUUUCCGCCGGGUCCUCCGCGUUUACCCAUAUUUGGAAGUUAUCUUUUUAUGCUGUUGAUCAAUUACAAAUAUCUACACAAGGCAGCAAUAGCAUUGAGCAAGUGGUAUAAAUCCGACAUUAUUGGCCUAUAUGUGGGCCCGUUUGCAGUUGCCGUCGUCAACAGUGGAGAAGCUGUGCGACAGAUCUUAAAUAAUCAGGACUACGAUGGCAGACCUUCGCUGUAUUUGGCCGAAAUGCGUGAUCCAGGCAAAUGUAUACGAGGUAUAUUCUUUCAAGAGGGAGUGCUGUGGAAGGAACAACGUCGGUUUAUCCUUCGCUACCUGAGAGAUUUUGGAUUCGGUCGUCGAUUCGAACAGCUAGAACUGAUCAUUCAGGAAGAGAUAACCGAUAUGCUCGAUCUAAUCCGCAAUGGUCCGCGAUAUGAACACGAGCAUCUCUUAGUCAAGCCUGGCGGUUAUCGGGUGCAGCUACCCUUAUUCUUCAAUCCCUUCUCGGCAAACAGUCACUUUCAGAUUGUGUACAACGAGCGACUCCCACGUCCCGAAAUGGCCAAGUUAGUGAAGCUUGUUCAGUUUGGCUUACAGUUCCAGCGCAAUGCCGAUGACUACGGCCGUAUGCUAAGCAUAAUUCCAUGGAUACGUUUUAUUUGGCCCGAGACAAGCGGAUAUAAUAAAUUAAAAGAAUCAAACUUAUUUGUUCACAAAUACUUCGCAGAGUUCAUCGACCGUUAUAUUAAUACCUACGAAGAUGGCUGUGAGCGUAACUUUUUGGAUCUGUAUAUAGCUGAGAUGAGAAAGGGUCUCCCCGAACAGUACGGAUUCAACCGGGAGCAGUUCAUUAUGGGCUUGGUGGAUUUCUCAUUUCCUGCCUUUACGGCCGUUGGUGUCCAGAUAUCGCUACUCGUGCAGUAUUUGAUGCUCUAUCCCGAUGUCGCCAAGCGGAUACAGUCAGAGAUAGAUGAGGUUGUGGGUGGUGGUCGGCUACCCACGUUAGAGGAUCGAAAGAAUAUGCCCUUUACGGAAGCCACUAUCCGUGAAAAUCUGCGCAUCGAGACUCUGGUACCAUCGGAUGUACCACACAAGUCCCUCGUCGACACAGAACUAAUGGGCUAUCACAUACCCAAGGACACCAUAAUCAUACCUAGUCUAUAUGCCCUACACACGGACAAACGCAUCUGGUCGGAUCCUGAAAAUUUCCGGCCCGAACGCUUCCUGGACGCCGAUGGCAAAUUGAGCCUCAAGCUGGACGUCUCAUUGCCAUUCGGAGCCGGCAAACGUAUAUGCGCCGGCGAGACUUUCGCACGGAACAUGAUCUUCCUGGUAACCACGGCCAUGUUACAGAAUUUUGACUACACUUUGGCGCCGGGGGACUCACUGCCUGAUCUAACGAAAAAUAACAAUGGAUUAAUUAUAACACCCGCGGACUUUUGGGUACAAUUAAAAGAGCGACAGCAUUAAGGCACAUUAACUAUAUUUCAGAACAACUAAUAAACCUCAAUCUCUCUCUC